UGGCCAGGUGUCAGGGUGUACCCAGGUGCUGAGGAUCAUGGAUGAGGUUUGGGAGCAUUGCCUAAGCAUGACUUCCUCUCCCCAGCCAGCUGUAGACGUGACCACAGACGCCACGGACGCACACGGGCGUGGGUACAGCGUCCAGCAUGGCCGGGUGGCGGCAGGCUCCACCCGCGGAGUCACCAUGGGAAAGGCCAUGUGAAGGGGACCGCCUGAAGCGCGGGAGUGGUCGGGGGACACGAUGACUUCAGGGUGCUCCGCGCCGGACAUGGGUAGCCUCAGACUCAUAAUAGCAGUUGGGCUGCUUCUUUGCUAUCUCCUGCUGUGCCCUGUGGAUGCCACUGCAUUCAGAGACCAGACAGAUGUCUCAACACCCCUCGUCUCAGCCUUGGGACCCCAAGCACCCUCCGUGUACCCCUUUUCCUGCCGGACCCUGCUCCCGAAGUUGCUCCCUGGCUUUGCCCACAUGACCCUUCUUCCCAAGUACCUGGUAGGCCUGGCUCUAAGGAAUGCCCUGGAGGAAGCUGGCUGCCAGGCUCAAGUCCAGGCCCUGGAUCUUCAGCUGUACCGCUGGGGUGGUCUGAACGCUACCCAGGUCCUCAUCCGCCACCUUCAAGAGCUCCAGAAAGGUGGAAGCACAGACAGCAGGGUGUCAGUAGAAGCCCUGGGCUCCGCUCUGCAGGUCUUAGCCAGCAAGUCCCCGAGGAGGGCUCGGCGCUCCCCCACCACCAGCGACUGUGAGAACGAGCAGGAGGAGAGCAUCUACAGUGUCAUCAAGCUGUUGCCAGGAGUGGGAACCUAUUACAACAUAGGCACAGCUCUGUAUUACGCGAUCCAGAAUUGUUCAGACAAGGCCAAGGAACGAGGCAAAAAUGGUGCCAUAGAUCUGGGUUAUGACCUUCUGACAGCUAUGGCAGGAAUGUCAGGGGGGCCCAUGGGUCUAGCGAUCAGUGCUUCAAUUAGACCAGCACUGAAGGCCGGGGUAGAGCGGUUGAUCCAGUAUUACUAUAAAGCGAAAGCGGCAAGCACCCCUCAGCCAGAGACCAGCCUAGCAGGCUUGUGGACCACCGCCUACGUGAGUGACUUGGAAGCAACGGUGACCACAGCGAUUCCCAGAUCCCAAGUAGUAAAUCCAGCUGCCUACUGGGGGUGGGCAUUCUUCACCAGGGCCGGGCAUGCCGCGCUGUGAGAGGUGGUGACCGCAGACCCGAUAAAUCGGACAUUCCGGCAUGCUGCACUUUAUGGUGUGUGCUCACGAUCUAAAUUUCUGAGUGUGUGUGUGCCGGGGGUGGGGUGGAAUACAAAUCUCCGAUUUGUUAUCCAUGAAGAAAGCACUGCUGUAAAAUGUUGGAAUCUCGAAGUUUGGGGUAUGGAGUGGGAAGAUUGGGUUUGGAAUCCCUCUCCACUCGUAGAGCCGCCGUCAUUCCUGGUGAGUGAUUUCUUCCUGAGAGCUCAAUUUCUAAAUUUCUUAAGUGGAGAUAAUGAUUUUCCACCUGAACGGGUUGUCGUGGCGAUUUAAUCCGCUAGUAUGAACCUAGUGCUACACCGUAACCUCAGUAAAUCAUCACUACUAAAGCCAGGGGUCGUGUCACUCAUCUUCAAUCCCAGCUCUCGGGAGGCUGAGACAGGAGGAACUACGCAAGUUCCACGCUAACCUGGGCUAUAUAGUCAAUUCAAGGCCAGCCUCAAGUACGUGGCAAGACCCUGUCUCAAAAAAAGAA